CACAACGCAGAGGUGUGGAGUCCAGUGUCCACCACGUGUUUGCAUGAGUUUCCUAUAUUCCUAUAUACUCAUUUUGAGUUUCACUGAAUUAUAAAUGUGCACAAUUGAGGUUAAAAUCUAGAUCUUGCUACAACCUAUACAUUUUGGCACCUAACGUCUUUGUUUCUGAAUAUUAAUAACAUCAUUCUAAAUGCUUAAAAAGACGACAGAUUCUACUUCAGUCAGUUGAGAGGUGGAGAGAUCGUGGAAGUCACGUCCCAGGUGAGUCAUGUGACAAGCCGGAAGUAGUCUGUGUACACCUCGCUUAAUUUAUUAUCUGAACUAAAUACAACAAUGUUGUGUUCAUAUUAUUAAAAACAAGGACGUUCAAAGCUGUUUGCUUCGCAAUAACUGGUUAAACCACUGUUUGUUCAGCACGUUGGAGAGUUUUCCAGCAUGUCAACACUACUUUGAGACAAAAAUAGUAUGAUACGGUUCAUUUCCUUUUAGUCUGAAACAUAGCAUUUGGAUUUAUGCAGACUGUUAUUUUGAACUCGUGAUCGAGGUGGAGUUAUCAUUUCUAAUACACGAUGCGACCCGAGGUGGAUUUGUAGGCUUGACGCAAGUUCUUCUGCUUUUUCCGAAAUUCAUGUGUCCUCUCGCACAAUCGCUUCACUGUUGACAGAAAGAUAACACUGAACAAAGGGGCACCAGAGUAAUGUGAUUUAAAGGUCAAGCGUUGAGUAAAGAUGAAAAUUACAUUAUUCGCUUCUACUCUGACCCAUUUGGGAGUCAAUUUAAGCGCCACAUGAACACACUCAGGCUGCAGAACAUCAAGGGCCAGAUCCUACUGCACUGUAAGAACACAGCAAUGGCAGUUCCACCCAGUCCACUGACCACCCAUGUGCUGAAUAUUGUCACUGGAAUCCCCGUGGCAGAUAUGGCUCUCAGUCUGUACGGACAGGACGCCUCAACCAAAGUCUGGAAUUUGAUCACUACUGGUGUGACCAACAGUCAAGGCCGUUGCCCAGGACUCAUCACUAAAGAAAUGUUUCAGCCUGGUAUGUACAAGAUCCGCUUUGAAACAGAGCUGUACUGGGAGAGUUUGGGGGAGACCAGCUUUUAUCCCUAUGUUGAGUAUGUGUUCGCCGUCGGUGAUGCAGAUCAACAGUACCAUCUUCCUCUUCUUCUGAGUAGAUUCUCAUACACCACAUACAGAGGAAAUGAGGCAUCGUGACCAUUCACAUCCUCCUGUUAAAGAGCAUCAUCAGACCUCUGUCAAGGAAGAUAUUGUCUCUGAGUUCCAUGCUUUUGCAUUUCAUGUUGCUAACCCCAGUGUGUUGAGCAUCAUUAAAACUGCAGUAUAUGCUGCUAUGCUCUUGUGCCUGGAUUUUCUAAAUCCUGUUUUAAAGUAGUCUCAAACAUUUAUCUCAGUCAUGAUAUUAAAAAAUAUUCUCCCUUUUGCUUUGCAAAUUGUAAAUCCCGUUAGUCACUAAUGUUCAAACAAGAUCCCUGGAAUAAAUAAAUGUUUUAAAUGAAUAACUGUCAUCAUUUCUUAUUCGUGGAAAUUGGCGACACAAUCUUGUUUUUCAUGAAGUGUUCUGAAAUGUGCAGCAUCAAU